CUUCUGCUCUGGAGAAGAAACCUUAUUCGGUCUCUCUCGCAGAGCCAGGGCCCAGCCAUGGCUGAUGGUGGCGGGGGGACGGGCGCGGUGGGUGGAGGCGCAGGCCAGGCCUCCGUGGGGCCAGCGUCUGGCUCAUCGGGGGCCGGCGUGAGCGGCGGCCCCAUCAACCCGGCCUCAUUGCCCCCAGGUGAUCCGCAGCUCAUCGCCCUCAUUGUGGAGCAACUCAAGAGCCGUGGCCUGUUUGAUAGCUUCCGCAGGGACUGCCUGGCCGACGUGGACACCAAGCCAGCUUACCAAAACCUGAGGCAAAAAGUGGAUAAUUUUGUGUCAACACAUCUGGACAAGCAGGAAUGGAAUCCUACGAUGAACAAAAACCAGUUGCGAAAUGGUCUCAGACAGAGUGUGGUUCAAUCAGGAAUGCUGGAAGCUGGAGUAGACAGAAUUAUUUCCCAGGUGGUGGAUCCAAAACUAAACCACAUAUUCAGGCCACAGAUAGAACGAGCAAUUCAUGAGUUCCUGGCGGCCCAGAAGAAAGAAGCCCCACCAGCUCCUCCUCCAGAGCCUGAGAGUCAGGACCCAACGGCUUCAUCCCAGGAGGCAUCUUAAG